AUGUUGUAUAUGCCAACGACGACGACAACAACAACAACGGCCGCACCGGUUGUUGUUCAAGAAACAGAGCAACCGCCAUUACACGCUACAACACGUUAUUUCAUGUUGCAAUCUUCUCCGAUUGUUCCCGCAGUCCCAGUCAUGAAUACCACUUAUGUCUAUCCGAGAUAUGGCUUUGUACCUAAACCAGUCGAAACAUCUGUUAUGAAGGAUGAUAUUGAGAAAUCACAGCCAAUUCAAACGUUUCAAAUUGCACAACCCGUUCAACAUGUUGUUCAUCACUAUGUUCAACCGUGCUCGACAACAACCUGUCCUGGCUAUUGUGAAUUAUGUUGCCCGUGGACAAAACAGCAGCAUACAUCUUCAUCGAAUGCCGACGAUAAUCGACGUCAUCAACGGCAUUCCCGACGAGAUGAAUAUGAACGUGAUGAAUUGAACCGACCUGAUUCAUCAAAACAAGAAACAAUCGAUGAGAAAAUCGAACGUAUCCGACGUGAAUUACGCGAAAGUAAUAUUCAACAAAAUGGCCGAACAUCACCCGUCGUCGAACAUCAUAUUCAUCAUCGGCCGCGUUCAAAUUCUCGACCACGUAGCGCAUCAGCAUCGCGUGAGCCAUGGCGAUCGACAAAUCAGAAUGAUUAUGCAUGGCGUGAUUCUCAUUUACCGGGUUAUCGUGAAGCAACAUUGGCUCGUUCUCAAACUCCCGUUGAUGAAACUCGCACGUGGAAAGAAACCGCACACGAACGUAGUCAUCAAAAUACGCAACAUGCAAAAUCCUAUUUCAACAAGAAGAACUACGUCUAUCAUCCGAAGUCGGAAAGCGAAGCACGUAAGCACUAUAUUCAAACGACAGGCAAAGAUCCCGAUCGUGAAGUUUAUCAAGCAUUGCGUGGUGGCACAACAACGUACCAAUACAAUGGAUCAUCAGCAUCAUACUAUGAUAAGCGACAAAGUGCACAUUACGAUCACGGAUCCUGUUCGAAUGUUCCAACUACAACCAAGACACAUUCAUUGAGAAAGAUCGACUCAACACAACAUCAUAAUUUAUAUGCAUGUAAUGAACCAUGUUUACAUGUUAUACCCAAGCAAGGCAGCGCAUCUGAUCCUCCGUAUGUCAAAAUUCUCAACGCGCCAGUUACAUAUCUUCAUUAG